UAGUUGACUUCAAACCUCAUGCCAAUAUGGAUACUGCACAUCACAUGCUUCUGUUUGGAUGUGGUUCACCCUCUUCUACUGAAGAAUACUGGGAUUGUGGUGCUGGAACCUGUACAGAUAAAUCUAGUAUCAUGUAUGCAUGGGCUAGAAACCCCCCCCCAACCAAGCUUCCAAAAGGUGUUGGCUUUAAAGUAGGAGGAAACUCUGGAAUUAAGUAUUUUGUGCUCCAAGUUCAUUUUAUGGAGAUGCAAAGGCAUUCCAAGAUAAACAUAAAGAUUGCACUGGAGUAACUGUGCAGAUAACACCGGAUAGGCAGCCACUGAUUGCUGGUAUUUAUCUCCUGAUGUCAAUGGACACUGUUAUCCCACCAGGGGAAAAAACAGUGUACUCGGAUAUUGCUUGUAUGUAUGAGAAACCUUCAAUGUACCCGUUUGCCUACAGAGUCCACACUCAUCAGUUAGGUCAAGUUGUUAGUGGGUACAGGAUCAGAAAUGGCAAGUGGACUUUAAUUGGAAGACAGAGCCCUCAGCUACCACAGGCAUUUUAUGCUGUUGAACAUCCUCUUGAUGUUCACGCUGGUGAUAUUCUGGCAGCCAGAUGUGUUUUCACAGGUGAAGGAAGAACAUCUAAUACAUAUAUUGGAGGCACUUCCAGUGAUGAAAUGUGCAACCUGUAUAUAAUGUAUUACAUGGAAGCUGCUCAUGCCAGUUCUUAUAUGACGUGUGUGCGGACGGGGGACCCAGCCAUGUUUCAUCACAUCCCUGAGAUAGCCAAUAUCCCAGUCCCUGUUAGUCCUGACAUGGUAAUGGGACACGGCAGUCACAAAAGUAUGACGGAACAUGAAGAAAGAAAUAUACAGCAACAGCCUAAAAGGGAAGAGGAGCAAGUGAUGGAUCAGGGUGAUUUCUAUUCCGUCCUUUCCAAACUGCUAGGCGAAAGGGAAGAUGUUGUUCAUGUCCAUAAAUAUAACCCCACUGAUAUUAUAAACUCUGAUCUCGUAGAGGAGAUCGCUGAUGUGGUGCAAAAGAAAGACCCUGGCUGGUACAUAUCCAGACAAGUGUUAGCACACAAGGAGAGGCCUGAUACGAUUCUGGUCAGAGAUCGAAUUCACAAAUUCCACAGAUUAGAAUCCACGUUGAGACCACCAGGGAAUAAUAUGCUGUCUCUGGUGCAGGAAGCUAAACUUGGUGGAGUGGACAAACAGCAUCCAGGAGAUGCACAUUUAGAGGAAGUUAUUGAGUGGCCUGGGCUCAAACUCCAUCUAGGGCAAGUGUCAGGGCUGGCACUGGACCCCAACAAUAACUUGGUUAUAUUUCACAGAGGCAAUCAUAUAUGGGAUGAAAAUUCAUUUGACAGGAACUUUGUUUAUCAAGAAAGAGGAAUAGGACCAAUUGAGGAAAGUACUAUACUUACUGUCAAUCCCAACAGUUCCACUAUUCUACAGUCCACAGGCACAAAUCUGUUUUAUUUACCUCAUGGUAUAACAGUUGAUAGAGAUGGAAACUUUUGGGUCACUGAUGUCGCUCUUCAUCAGGUUUUCAAAUUAGGGCCCGAUGGUUCACGUAUUUUUACACUGGGUAAGGCUUUUCAACCGGGCAGUGACCGGAACCACUUCUGUCAACCAACUGAUGUUGCAGUGGAUCCAAUAACAGGCAAUUUCUUUGUGUCCGAUGGCUACUGCAACAGUAGAAUCAUGCAGUUCUCACCUCAAGGCAUGUUCAUCAUGCAGUGGGGAGAAGCUUCCUCAUCAAGGACUGCUAAGCCUGGAGAGUUCCGCAUCCCACACAGUCUGGCUCUGAUACCUGACCAAGGGCAGCUUUGUGUGGCUGACAGAGAGAACGGGAGGAUUCAGUGUUUCCAUUCUGAAACAGGACACUUUGUUAAAGAAAUCAAACAUGCAGCAUUUGGAAGUAGAGUCUUUGCUGUCGCCUAUGGCUCAGGAACAUUGUAUGCUGUAAAUGGGAAAUCCUAUUAUGGGGAUUCAGAGCCUGUACAAGGCUUUGCAAUGAACUUCACUACAGGGGACAUUCUUGACACCUUUGUUCCAGUUAAAAAGAAUUUUGACAUGCCCCAUGACCUUGUGGCAUCAGACGAUGGAGUGGUGUACGUUGGAGAUGCCCAUGCCAACACAGUGUGGAAAUUCUCACCCUCAGAAAAAGCAGAACAUAGGUCUGUGAAAAAAGCUGGUAUUGAGGUUGAAGAAAUAACAGGUAAGUUUUAUUAA